AACGCCAGGACAGUACAAACAACACUAGCAAGACGCCAUUUUCGUAUAAUUUGAGCUUGAACUGAUUGUUCUGGGUGUCGUUUUCAGUUUAUUACCUAUUUACGUUAAUAUUAUUUAAUGAGAAACUUGGUUCUUUCCUGUGUUUAUACAAUUUUCUUAACAUGAAAUGUUGUUAAAUUUUUAUUUGUGCUAGCAGUAGUAAAAUUAUUCUACUGUCGCGUCGGUGAAAACGACUGCGCGGGAAAUGUGUAGUAGAGUCUUCAUCUAUUCCCCAAUAGGUCUUAAAACUGCUAUCGGUUGAGAAAAAUUGUGUUUUAUACUCAUAUAAAUAAUCAUCAAUAUGAUUUCAUACAGAAGACGAGAAAGUAAGAGGGGAAGAAGUUUUAAAAUGACCAGAAAUAUAGAACGUUUGUAUAAAGAAAACAAAUGCCGUGAGUGUUCAGUGGUGGUAACGCGAAUGGACUUUGCCAAAAUCCUAGGUAAAUUCACAAAAGUGAAAAUCCAGUAUGAAAGCAGUUCGUCGCCUAAGAUUCAGAAGACACCAAUCAACAAAACAGUGAAGCCAGUUACGAAUACUAGAUUAAAAAGCAAUGAAAAUGGCAUGGUUCAAUUUCACAGAAAAGCUUAUAACCCGCAUCCAGCCAAAGAUUUAAUCAACACAAGAAGAAACGCUAAUAUUAACAAGGUUGCAUCACCACUUACUCGGCAAGCAAGUACUAAUAUAUUAAAGGAAAAUAAUGUCUUAGAGAACACAAAUUCAUUUAAGAAUAAAAGUACCAACUAUAAUAACAUAAACUCGGCCGGAAAACAAUAUGCUAUAAUAUUUAAUGAUCCUACUUCUAAGCAUAAUAACAGCGUUAAGUGUGAGUUAACUCUAUUGGAUUUGUUACCAAAGAUAAACAAUCGUAUAUUGCCAUCUGAGGAAUGGUGUAUAGACUACUUUCCAAAAAAAGACGAGCCCAAAAAUGAUAAAGUGUAUGAUCGAAUAGCUGCUGAACUUGAGGACCUCAUGUAUAAUGAGAAACCUGUUGAUAAAUCACACAAAUCAGAAUCUUCUGAAAAUAAAGUGGAUGAAUUCCCGUCAAUAAUGGAUAUCCUCAAUGACAAUGCUACACCAGAAAAUAAUUCUGAACCGAAAGAUCAAAACAGUAGUUUAGAGUUCAAAGAUAACUUGGAAUCAAAUGAUGUAGAAGCCAUGCUGCUUGGUAAGACCAAUAAAAAUAAAAUGGUGACACCUAUGAAUCUUGAUAAUACAGAAGUCAAUAAACUAAUUGCUGAUGUUGUUCAGUUUAGCACCAACAGUGAGUUAGCUACGAACCUCCAGAACACAGCUGAGUUUGAUAAUCCUCACAGUCCCUCAAUAUUAGAUGAAACACUUCAAAAGGGAAUCGAAGAACACUUACCAAAUCCGCAGUUACAAAGUAAAUUCACUUCUGAAAACAGUGAUUCAAUUGAGAAAAAUAAUAAAUAUGUUACAAAUAACCAAAACUCUGAUGAAAUUACACCCAAAAAUGGCAUGCAAAGUAAUGCAAAUUUUCCUUCCUCAUUGAAAUUGGAAGAUGUUACACAUCUGAUAUUCAAAAAAGUAGCUGAUGGGAAGUGUAUUAAGUCUGUUAUGUGUCCUAGAAAUUUGAAAUAUUCCAUAGAGUUAGAAGAUAAAUCUGUUGAAUUUUUAGGCGCUCCCAAAUAUAUUUCAAACUUGGAUGACUUACAGGUUCUUUUACAAAUAGUGAAUGAAACUGACUUGACAAGUUUAUAUGUUUUAUAUUAGUUGCUUGCAUAACUAUGUAGAUACAAAAACAAUGUGUAAUUUGUAAAGAACAAGUUGACUAGACAAAAAAUCAUCUUUAUUUAAGUAACAUGUAGGAACAGCCUAUAUUUUGUUUUGAUAAAAUUUGACAAAACAU